AUACGGCGAUGGGAAGUUAUAAUUUCAAACUGUUGUUGCUGUUCAUCUAAAUAUGUAGCUACCUUACAUAUAUAGGUAUAUGUCUUUGUUAAUUGGAAAGUUUUGCUUUUUUACUACCUGCAGUUGCGAGAAGUCGGAUGUGUUUGUAGUGGAGGUGAUGGAUCUCUGGUAGUGGGUCUAGACUUAACGCCUGAACGCUUAGUGGAAAGUCUAUUCAGCGGACUCUAGUGCUAGGAUCAGUAGCUGCCGCCGCUAUGUACCUCAUCAAUUCUAGAGCCAAUAAUGAAUUAGGAUGUUACACGAAGGAAUCGAUGUGCCAUAGCUGCAUAAGGAACCAUUAGGUAGUUCGAAAUGAGAUGAGCUGCAAUUUGAACCUCCUCACCAUUCCUAACCCAACAAAAACACCAUGGGAUCGGGUAAAGUGGAGGUCAUACAAUACCUUGUCGACACCCGCCAAUUAUGGCUUGGGGCGACCAAGACAAAAGACCUCGAGAAAGAGGCGUCGCGCGCAUUGGCCCUCCUCACCGAGGAUGAGAAGAAGGCAGUGCUAAAAUAUUACUUCGUCGCCGAUGCGAAGAUGUCGCUUGCUUCGCAUCUGCUGAAGCACUGGGUCGUCAGCAAAUAUGCUGGCGUUUCGUGGUGGGAUACUAAGUUGACGCGGGACGAAAAGACCAAGCCCGUCUACGUAGACCCUGCUACGGGCAAGCAACCCGUCGCGUUCAACGUCAGCCAUCAGGCCGGCAUCGUCGCUCUCGUAGCUGUAGCCGGGUAUGACGGUAAAGUCGAUGUUGGGACAGAUGUAGUUUGUACGAGCGAGCGGCGUGUGCGCGACCAUAAGGUUAUCAACACGGAGGGCUGGGGUAGUUUUGUCGACCUGCACUCGGAUGUAUUCGGUCGAUCAGAGGCAGACUACCUAAAGGGUGAUCUGUUGAGCACACAGCCAGGCCUACCUCCGCUGGCACGCGGCGAUGAAAUCAUCGACUUCAAGCUGCGAGCCUUCUACACGCUCUGGUGCCUGCGCGAGGCCUACGUUAAGAUGACGGGCGAGGCGCUCCUGGCACCGUGGCUUAAGGACCUCGAGUUCAAGCACUUCCGGGCUCCGCACCCCAGCCAGGGGUUCGUGCAACUACCGGACGGCGAGGUCAUCGAGAAGCAGGAGAUCAUCAAGGACCACGAGAUCUUGUUCCACGGGAACAAGGUCGACGAUGCAAAUAUCUGCCUGCGCUCCCUAGGACCGGACUACAUGACCUGCUCUGCCAUCCGGACGCCGGACCGCAAGGAAGACGCUCUCAGCUGGGACUUGGGACCGUACGAGUUCCUGCCGAUGAACCAGAUUUUGUCUGACGCGGAAGACCGGCUAGAUGACUGAUUUGCUAGACUAAGUCAUCUUGUGCAUUACGAAUAUUACGAAGUUGCUUUGAGGGUAUUGAUGAAACGUGUGUUCUCAUAUAGGAUGCUUUUCAUACGGUCCU